CCAUAUAUAUCACUCUUUAUAUGACUUCAUCAUCUCAUGAUAUUGCACCAGCAACUUGAUCCCCAGAGAUCUCUUUCUCCAGUUGCAUACAAAGUGAUCGUGUUUAGUUGUGUUCUUGAUUCGAUCAUGGCGGACUCUUCUGCUUCAUACAUACACAUGGUGCAGCAUCUUAUAGAGAAGUGUCUGAUCUUUCACAUGACAAAAGAGGAUUGCAUGGAAGCUCUCUCUAAACAUGCAAACAUCGAACCUGUCAUUACCUCUACUGUGUGGAACGAACUGGAGAAAGAGAACAAGGAAUUCUUCGAAGCAUAUGCAAAAUCAAAAGGCAAAGAUGAUAGGAUGUCGGAGGAGGAAACGAGUCAAAUGAUACAGAAGAUGAUCUCCCAAUCCUCCAAUGAUUCUGAUGAUUAAAACAUUACAAGGAAGCUACGAGGAAAUGAUAUCAAUCUCCCGAUCUUGUGUUCUAGGUUGGUAGUUUUGGCUUUCGUUUCCAAAUGCUAAUCCUGCCAAAAACACUGGAGAAGAGAAAUUAGAUUUGAUGUCUCGUUUCUACUUGUGGUCCUACUGUGACUAUGCAUGCUAAAAUAAUCACCAUGUGGAUUUCAUCCAUGAAAAUAGCUUGCAGUAUAUGCAUGGGAAACUGUAGAAAUAUAAUUAUUUUUAAACUGAAAUCCCAAGUAACCAAUCACACAAUGACACGUCAUUGAUAGGCAAAACUUCAUGUCAUGCAUUUCUCGUAAACUUGGAAACAAUUUGAUAAGAAAACUAUUCAUCAUUGUGACGUGGUGCAUUUUGAUUGGAUAUGAGAUUAUACUGGUACAUGUAAUAAUUGAAUAGUGGUAGGAGAGUUCUUGAGGUUUAACGCAAGACACCUGGAAUCCAGAGGCUGCGUCAAAUAUUGUUGGCUUGUGAUGUUUUUGGCUUUGUCUCACUUGGAUUCAAACAACAAAAGAAAAAACAUGUGAUGUUUUGUUUA